AUGCAGACCCAAAAGAUCCCUGUGCGGCGCAAGCUGCUCGAGCAUGGUUUUAUCAUCCUUUCGGGGUUCAUCACAAUGUAUGCGUAUCGCGAGAAGCUGUACACUGACCGCGCGAGCAUCCUGCGCUUCUACUGCCUGCGAUUUGGGGCAAUCGUGGCCUCGUAUUACCUCUUUUACGUGCUGAAUGCCCUCUACUACAGCGUCGCGAGGUGGGAGCGCCAUGACGAGUUUCUCGCCGGAGGUGCCAUCACGUCGCUUUUCUUGGUGCAAGCCUUCGCACCAGGUUCUGACUGGUUCCCCAACGGGCCGGGGUGGACCUUAUCGUGCAUGUCGUUCUCCUGGUGGCUGUUCCCUCUUACACACUCACUACUGCGACACACACGCUCCGCUGCCGACGGCAUCACACUCCGCAUGCUCGGUGCACUUGCAGCUUCACUCUGCCUCAUGCAUGGGCCGAUUGUGUCGAUGGCGAUGGUUGAUCUUGGCAAGCAGACUGGGUGUCUCAUCGUUGGGGACGUAGACAAAUGCAACGCGGGGGAGGACCAGCGGUGGUCCAACUGGUAUAUUCUUUACAGAUUUCCCCUGGCGUUGAAAUAUAUGCUAAGCACCUUCCCCACACAUGGCGAGAAGCACACGCAUCUGUGUUGCAAAUAG